UUCUGUUUUUUGAUUACAGGCUCAAAAUGGCCAGAAACGAAGACUUUCUUCUGAAACUAUUCUUGGAAUGUAAAUCACAGAACAUAUACGUAGUGGCAGCUGCAGAGAAGUAGCUGGACAUACAAGAUUUGACUUCAGAAGAGUUACACGGUGUGUUGAGUGGUGGUUUUCUGCCCUGGUGUUGCAGGAGUAGAUAUGGUCAAAGUAGUGGAAUGGGGAAGUGAGUUUUUAAUUAGUGUAGUUAGUUGAAAUGGUGUUUAUUUUAUAUUUUUCCCAUUUUGUAUCACAGUAUAAUGGCUUUAUAUUAUAGUCCAGUUGGUGGCGGUAAUGCAACACAUUGGAUGCCAACCGCCGUUAAACCCCGAAGAAGAAGUUAACAGCACAGAAGUUUUAAUAACGAAAUGGCUUCGCUUCCUUUCGUUCGAGGGGCUCUACUCGUGUCGUUUUCGGUUCUUUUGACUGUAGUUCUGGGGUUCGGACUCCCAGCGUUGCUGAAUGCUGUCGCUAAAUGCUGUGGUUUUCCUGAGACCAGUGUGUCAGAGUGCAUAGUCGGGGUGUAUUUCAUUUUUGUACUCUAUGUCGCGACACCACGGAUACCCAGAGGAACGAUAGAGGUACAGGGAAAGGCCGUAUUCAUCACAGGCUGUGACAGUGGUUUUGGUCAUGCCACGGCUAAGCACCUCCACAAACUGGGCUUCACUGUCUUCGCUGGGUGUCUGUUCAAGGAUAAGGGUGGGGAGGGGUCCAAGGAGCUGGAGGAGAUGCAGUCAGAUCGGAUGAAGGUGGUUCAGCUGGAUGUCUGCAGUGAGGAGCAGGUGAACAGAGCUGUGGACUAUGUCAACACACACCUGGCCGACUCACAGAGAGGUCUGUGGGCGGUGCUGAACAACGCAGGCGUGUCUACGUUUGGAGAGGUGGAGUUUACGACCAUGGAGACGUACCGACAGGUGUCAGAGGUCAACCUGUGGGGGGUUAUCAGGGUCACCAAGGCCCUCCUGCCCCUCAUCCGUAGGGCCAAAGGUCGUGUGGUCAACCUGGCCAGUAUGUAUGGGCGGAUGGGCAAUGCCCUGCGUUCUCCAUACUGCGUAUCUAAAUAUGGCGUGGAAGCGUUCUCCGACUGUCUACGUUACGAGAUGAAGGCCUGGGGGGUCAAGGUCUCCGUCAUCGAGCCGGGGAACUUCAUUGUGGCAACGGGCAUCCUGACCCGGGACAUUGUGGCGACCACGGCUGAUAAACUGUGGCGCGAGGCGCCCCCUGGUGUCCAGGAGGACUAUGGCCACGCCCACUUCGACAAGCACAUGGCUCUGAUGAGGUCAUACUGUAGCAGCGGACAGAAAGAUGUCCAGCCCGUCCUAGAUGACAUCACCGACGCCAUCACUUCACGCCGCCCGUUCACGCGCUAUAACCCCAUGGAGCCUCACUGGUGGAUCAGGAUGCAGGUGAUGACACACCUACCGGCCGCCAUCUCUGACCGUCUCUACUUCUGAACUGGAGAAUCUCCAAUCGUCUCCAUACGUACAGUGUAUCCUAUUGCAUUAGGGUUCCGUUCCACUUUAGAGUCUAAAAUUGGGGAAUUCCCUAUGGAAAAUUACAAGCGAUCGAUUCUCAAUAUGUUAAUCUAAUUUGAAUGAAUUUCCUGACUUGACUGAUUUUUAACAAUUUCUAGUCUCCUUUUGAUCAUGAGAUCAAGAGACCACUGCUGUAGCUAAGGAUUCAUUCACACUGGAAAUCUCAGUGAUUGAGCCAUUUUGAACAUUAUGCACUAUUGUCCUAUCUACAAUAUAUACGUUAUUCACCCCCUUGGAAAUGGGAUCUUUUCUUCUUCUUAAGUAAUAACUGAAGCUGUAAUAUUCAAGUGAUGAAGCUGAUGUUUGGAGGUUAUAUUGGCGCGAGUGUUAGGCUCGAGGUGAACACCAGCUCCCAGGGCAUUAUCACUUUUAUACGGUUUAUUAACAUAUUUUCAGAAACAUUAUUUUAAUGAAUUUACUCAUACAGUUUCAUCCUUCCGCGAGAUAUAGUCCCGACACAAAUCUGGGGUUGCUACCCAAGCCGGCUGGUUGUUCAUUCUAUCGGUUCGGUUGCCAGAGACGCGACCCAGUCGUUGUCCUUUUGUUCUGUGUCUAUGGACGCGACCCAGUCGUUGUCCUUGUUGUUCUGUAUCUGGGGACGCGACCCAGUCGUUGUUCUGUAUCUGGGGACGCGACCCAGUCGUUGUUCUGUAUCUGGGGACGCGACCCAGUCCUUGUUGUUCUGUAUCUGGGGACGCGAC